GACAGAGAGGGCAAGAGAUAUAUACAAGGACAGAGAGACAGAAGAGGGAGAAGGAGUGAGUGCGUCUGGGUGAGAAAGACAGUGAGAAAGGAGAAGGCAGAGAAAGGGAAGACAAGGAAAGGGGGGAAAAAAGAAGUUUGAGUUAAGUUAACCUCCAGGGAUGAAGAAGUGAUGAAGCGAUAGAACUUGGGACAGGGGCAGUUUUUUUUUUGUGUGGACAACCUGCACAGGGGAAAAAAAGGCAGUAAAGGGACUUCAGGAGAGGACGAUUUGGGAAAGAAACAUUGGAGCUUCCUCACUUCAUAAGAGCUGCCUCUUUAAACAUCAGGAGGAUAAAGAAGCCGCUGUGAGACAGAAAUCCCAACAGGUGUAGAUGCAGACAGGUGAUCGGUCAGAUAUGCUUUCUGCACUUCUGCUUCUCUGCAUGGCUCCAGGAGUUUGGGGUUCUGCACCUGAAGUGUGGGGGUAUGGAGAGAUCCCGAACAGGCAGGAGCCGGCCAAAGCGCUGUGCCCGUCUCCGUGCCAAUGUGAGGAAGAUGGGAUCUUUGUCAUGGUGGACUGCUCCGAGUUGGGACUAUCGUCUGUGCCAACUGAGCUCAGCCCUCUCACCACUUACCUGGAUCUGAGCAUGAACAACAUCAGUGAGAUCCAGCCCAGAGCUUUCCACCGACUGCACCUGUUAUCAGAACUGCGUAUCUCAGGAAACCAGCUGAGGUAUAUCUCUGGCCAUGCUCUCCAGGGUCUCCACAACCUUAAAGUUCUGAUGCUACAAAAUAACCAACUGGAGAGACUUCCUGAUGAUGCUCCAUGGGACCUACCCAACCUACUGUCCCUGCGUCUUGAUGCUAACCUGUUGUCUGAGGUUCCGGCUGGGGCCUUUCGAGGGGUUUGCGCUCUAAGACACCUGUGGUUGGACGAUAACUCCCUGACUGAGAUUCCAGUGACAGCCCUGGACUCUCUGCCCUCCCUUCAGGCCAUGACGCUGGCCCUCAACCAAAUCACACACAUCCCCGAUUAUGCGUUUACCAACCUCUCUGCCCUUGUUGUACUGCAUCUCCAUAACAACCAGAUCAAGAGCAUGGGUGAAAGAUGUUUUGAAGGUUUACACAGUCUGGAGACACUGGAUUUGAACUACAAUGAUCUGAAGGAGUUCCCUGUGGCCAUUAGGACACUGAGUAAGCUUCAAGAACUGGGUUUUCAUAACAACAAUAUCAAAGCCAUCCCUGAGAGAGCCUUCGUGGGAAACCCACAGCUUCAAACCAUUCAUUUCUAUGAGAACCCCAUCCAGUUUGUGGGAAAAUCCGCUUUCCAGUUCUUACCUAAGCUGCACACACUUUCCCUUAAUGGAGCAACCCAGAUUCAAGAGUUUCCAGAUCUGAAAGGAACCACCAGUCUGGAAAUUUUGACGCUGACUCGAGCGGGUCUCUCAGCUCUCCCUCUGGAUCUAUGUGAGCAGCUGCCUCGUCUAAGAGUGCUGGAGCUGUCUUACAACGAGAUAGAGGAUUUGCCCAGCUUUUACCACUGCUCUGCUCUGCAAGAGAUAGGGCUACAGCAUAACCAAAUCAGAAGGAUAGAGUCGAGCACGUUCCAGCAACUCACCUCUCUAAGAGCACUGGAUCUAAGCUGGAAUAUGAUACAGUGGAUCCACAUGGAUGCUUUCGCUGCCCUUCACUCUUUGACCAAACUGGACCUUACUGAGAACCGUCUCAGCUCUUUGCCUGUAGUGGGUUUGGGGGGUCUCACUCAUCUCAAGCUGAGGGGAAACACAGAACUGUUUGAGGCCUUCAGUCCUGAUUACUUCCCCCAUAUGAGGGUAAUAGAAAUGCCGUAUGCCUACCAGUGCUGUGUGUAUGGUGCCUGUGAUAACUACAAGCCCACUAGCCAGUGGGACACGGAGCAAAGCAACACUGAUGAAGACUUGCACAAGAAGACUGUGGCCAUGUACCCUAUCCAUGCUGACACACACUAUGACCCUGACCUGGAGGAGUUCCAACUCGAAAUAGAGGAAUCCAAACUGCAAGCCAGUGUUCAAUGCACACCAUCACCAGGUCCUUUCCGUCCCUGCGACUCACUGUUGGGCAGCUGGCUGGUUCGAGUGGGCUUGUGGUCCAUCUCCUUGGUGUCUCUUCUGGGGAAUUCCCUCCUGCUACUGUCCCUCUUUGGCUCACCCGGAUACUUGUCACCGCUCCGCUUCACCGUGGCGUGCAUGGGUGCUUCCAACCUGUUGACGGGUGUUUGUACAUGCACCCUAGCUCUUGUAGACUCGCUAACCCUGGGGGAGUUUGGUCACCACGGUGCCCGUUGGGAGGGGGGUCCUGGUUGUCAGGCUACAGGUUGGGUUUGGGUGUUUGCAUCUGAGGCAAGUGUGUUGCUGUUGACUCUGGCAGCUGUGCAGUGUGGCGUGAGUGUGACAUGUGCUCGUGCCUACGGGAAGUCUCCAUCCCUUGGGAGUGUACGCACAUGUGCACUUUUCUGCCUCGCUCUCUCCCUCAGCCUUGCUUCUCUACCACUAGUAGGCGUUGGGGAGUAUGGGUCCUCACCUUUUUGUCUCCCAUCACCCCUGCCACCCUCACCUUCUCAACUCCCAUCCUCUUUGGGCUUUCCAUUGGCGCUCAUUAUGAUGAACACUUUGUGCUUGCUCAUAGUCACAGGUUCCUACAUCCGCCUUUACUGGGAGUUACUUAGGGGAGAGUGUGAGGGUCUGUGGGACUGUGCUAUGAUCAAACAUAUUGCAUGGCUAAUAUUCACCAAUGGACUGCUCUAUGUACCGGUAGCUUUCCUCUCCCUCUGCUCCCUCCUGGGUCUCCUUUCUCUGGGGGAGGAGGUGCUAAAAUCAGUUCUCCUGCUUCUUCAGCCCCUGCCUGCUUGCCUCAACCCCCUACUAUUCCUCCUUUUCACAAGGGACCACUCCCAGUUUUUCUUCUGGCCUCACCCUAAAGCACGUCCACAGCUACGCCGGGAUCCAACCCUGGACUCACUUGUUUCUGUGGAGACAGAGAAGAGCUCCUGCUCUGAUUCGUCAACACAGGUGUCACUUGCUGAUGCUGACAUCCUAUACAGUGGGGGGACCCCUUUGCAAUCCCAAGUGGAUCCAAUAAGGUUUUCCCAUUGCUCCUCUACGUCUUCUGUUCCCCUUAUCCCUUGCCAGAUACCUACUCCAACUGCCAGAGAUAGAGACAGGGUGGCAGAACGAGGGAGUUUAAGCAACAAUGAUUGUCAGAAGAGUUUGGAUCAAGAGGUGAAUCAUAACACUUGCCUGCUCUAUCACUCUUCCAUGAUUCCCUCACUCAACUCACAUCCAUGAACCUUUAAGCUAGCUGUCUGAAUUGCUGGGACACUGUGGACACUCAAGGACUCAUCAUUGUUCAGCAGCAGCAAGACCAGCUCUGGGUCAUCAAUCCUCAAGCACCUCAGAAUGAGACGAUACAGAGACUUCGGAGUACUCUAGAGACUAGACUCUACAAAGUGCCUAUGAAAACGGAGAGUAACAAAAAGUUCCCUUCAUGAUAGAGACAGUAAAAGGAAACACCACUGACCAACAUGACAUAAAAAUCAAGGAACAUUUUAGAAACUACUAAAUGGACUGCCUCAGUCAGAGACUUGCAUGACAAUAAGAAAGCUUAAAUAAAGGUUGUUUACCACCUGGAAAUCUACGCAUCGGACAAAUCAAUUGUGUAGCAAGGGGGUAUUUAGGUAGAACACAUAAUAUUAAAUGUAAUUGUUUAUACUGGAAUGUGAUCAUGAGACUUGCAGCUUAGUGGUUACAAAAUGUUUGGUUAUAUUUUAAGUGGAGUUAUCUAUUUUUUAAAUAUGAGUGCUAUCCUAUUGCAAAUGUCUGUUUCAAAGAAGAUAAUCACACACCAGGACAUCUGGCCAGAGUAAGCUAACAUUCUCCAUUCACAGAAAUGUCAUAUUCUUCCAACUGAGUUAAAGCUGGUAUUAAAUGUGUUUUAUUUUGUUGUAGCGGAAAUGCAAAACAAAACAUAUUGCACAUAGUUUCAUAUGGUUUGUCAGGUUGUUUUGUCUCAAAGAAGCAGAUACAGACUGAAUUUGGUGUAGCUAUCUUUCUACAGACAUUAAAGUAGGCUAGCAAUAUGUACAUACAAUGUAACUACCUCUGAACUAGCAUGGUAUUGACCCACUAAAGCCCUAUGAUGGUGUCCUUUUUUUAUAUGAUACACAGCAAAUAUAUAAUUUUAUAUAUUAAGAAAUAAAUCUUUAGUUUGUAAAAAAAAAAACUUGCUAUUUAGGAUGUAAAUACUUUGUAUACAACUGGUAAGCAUAUAUUUGAAUAAAAUGAUUAUCUUCCUAAUGGA